AUUUGAAGUAAAGGAAACCUUCGAGGGUUUGUAGUAAAAUUUACCCGAUGAAACAUGAACUGAGGUUUUUCCCCUUCCACGUUUAGGCCUAAAACCCUAAAUUGAAAUCUGAAAAUCCUCAGAUCAUUCGUUUAGGCCAGGAAGUCGCAGAAUGCAACAUCUUCACAGAAAGCUAACGAGUAAUAGGCCAUCAAUCAAAUUGGUCAACCAAAUCCUACUUCGUCAAUUUUACUCUACAGACAAGUGUUUUGAUGCUGGGCAACCAAUUCCAAGUACUCAUCCUCAGCUACUAAAAGAAGGUGAGAUUACACCAGGAAUCAGUUGUGAUGAAUACGUAUCAAGGCGGAGGAGAAUACUGGAGCUUCUUCCAGAACAGAGUGUGGCUGUUGUUGCAGCUGCUCCUGUGAAGAUGAUGACAGAUGUUGUACCUUACACUUUUCGCCAAGAUUCUGAUUAUCUUUAUAUCACUGGAUGCCAACAGCCUGGUGGAAUAGCUGUGUUGAGUCAUGACUUUGGUUUGUGCAUGUUUAUGCCCGAACCUACCCCUCAAGACAUUACUUGGCAAGGACAGAUUGCUGGAGUUGAUGCUGCUAUAGAAUUUUUCAAGGCCGAUCAAUCAUAUCCUAUCAGCAAAUUACAUAAGGUCCUUCCAAACAUGAUAAAAAAUUGUUCAAAGUUAUAUCAUAAUGUGAAGACAGCUGUCCCAACUUAUACAGAGUUAGAGGCAUUCAAGAAAGCUGCUUAUAAUGGUGGACUCCAUGAUCUCUCCAUUUACACCCAUGAAGCAAGAUGGAUCAAAUCAUCAGCUGAGCUUAAUCUCAUGAGACAAUCUGCUUCCAUAGGUUGCCAGGCUCUUUUACAAACUAUGCUGCAAUCCAAGAUAUCUCCUUAUGAGAAUAUCUUAUCAGCUAAAGUUGAAUACGAGUGUAGAAUCAGAGGUGCCCAGAGAAUGGCGUUUAACCCUGUGGUUGGUGGUGGGCCCAAUGGAAGUGUUAUUCAUUAUUCACGAAAUGACCAGAAUGUGAAAGAUGGAGAGCUUGUUUUGAUGGAUAUUGGAUGUGAGUUGCAUGGGUAUGUUAGUGACCUCACACGUACUUGGCCUCCAUGUGGCACAUUUUCAGAUGCUCAUAGACAAGUGUAUGAUCUGGUUGUAGAGACCAACAAAGAAUGUAUUCAGCUUUGCAAACCUGGUAUGAGCAUCCAGCGUAUACACAACUACUCGGUUGAGAAGCUUUGUAGAGGAUUGAAAGGAAUGGGAAUUUUGAAAAAUGAUAGGCUUCAAAGCUAUCACCAAGUGAAUCCAACUAGCAUAGGUCAUUAUCUGGGAAUGGAUGUGCAUGAUUGUUCUAAAAUUGGGUAUGAACGUACAUUAAAGCCAGGUGUUGUGAUAACAAUUGAACCUGGAAUUUACAUCCCAUCAAACUUCGACUGUGCACAAAGAUACCAAGGCAUUGGGAUCAGGAUUGAGGAUGAAGUCGUAAUUACCGAAUCAGGUUAUGAGGUUCUUACAGGAUCAUUACCAAAAGAAAUCAAUCACAUUGAAACCUUGUUGAAUAACCACAGCUAUGGAGAGAAUCGCGACAUUUCUGCUUUCGGUUUUUGACUUGGAACAAGUCAAAUUUUUGCAUUUUAUGUCUAGCAAUUCCAAGUUGAAUGAGAAGAAAUUUUUUCUUGUAUUGUGAAAUUAAUUUUAUAUGAUAGUCCACGAAUAAAUGGUUUAGUAUAAAUACUAUAUUUAUUGUUUUA